AUGUUGUCCUUGAGUAGCAAUAAAGGACUUCAUAGGCUGAUUUAUUCAUCAUACUCGCGACUUUCAUCUUCGGAGCCAAGUCAACCUUCUAAAGUUGAUAGUUCUGAUGAGUCCAUCCCGUACAAACCGUACAGUCCUUUUCCAAAACCACAAGGGAAAAUAGACUAUGUUAUCACCCGGCUUGAUGAUUUAGCGGACUGGGCUAGAAAAAACUCAAUAUAUCCGCUUACUUUCGGUCUUGCAUGCUGCGCUGUUGAAAUGAUGCAUAUCGCUGGCCCUCGUUAUGACAUGGAUCGUUAUGGGGUAGUUUUUCGGGCUAGUCCACGUCAAGCCGACCUUUUAAUCGUUUCUGGAACUGUUACAAACAAGAUGGCUCCGGCUCUUCACAGAAUUUACGCCCAAAUGACUCAACCGAAGUGGGUUAUUUCAAUGGGCUCUUGUGCAAAUGGUGGUGGUUACUAUCAUUAUUCAUAUAGCGUUGUACGUGGCUGUGAUCGAAUUAUUCCGGUUGAUAUAUAUGUCCCAGGUUGUCCUCCAUCUGCAGAAGCGCUGAUGUAUUCUAUAUUACAACUGCAAAAGAAAAUUAAAUCUGAAAAACACAUUCAAUCAUGGCCUUCAAACACUUCAAAUUCAGAUGAAUAA